CUGAUAGCUGAGGGAGCUGAUAGCUGACAGAGCUGAUAGCUGACGGAGCUGUAGUAGGAUGAGAUGAGAGAGGAUGGAACACACGGACAGCCCCGCCUCCCACAGCAGCGACCCCAACGGGUUCGUCAAUAAAGUCUUCAACGUGUCUCUGGAUGUGCAGAAUGAGACCGGCACUGUAUCUAUCCAGGAGACUGGGAAGGGAGAGGGACAGGGAGAGGGUCAAGGAGAAGGUCCGGGGCCAGGCCAAACCCAGAGAGAGUGGCAGGAGGCUGGGGAUAGACAGGCAGAGCCACAGGCACCCCCUCAGACCCCUGGAAAGGAGCGCCCGGAGGUCAACCGUAGAACAAGAGCGACUGGGGGCAUCUGGAAGAUCUUGACCCGGCGUAGAGUGGCCUCAGAGCUGGAUAACAGAAGACCUCACUCCAUGAUCCUCCCUGGAGAGGAGGCCUUCAUCCCUAAACUGUCCUUCGCUGACAAGGUCCGCUCCAUCAAGAAGCUCCGCUCUCCGGGUGUCUUCAAGGGGAGGGUGGGGAAGAUGUCUGGGUCCAACACUAAGUUCAGAGACGGAGAGACGGAGGACGACUCGUUCUGCCGGGACUUCCUCCCCUCGCCCGGACUGCACCCCUGUAGGAGCACACUCCGCCACCGUGCAAAGAGGCAUUCGUAUGCCGGACACACCGCCGAGUUCGACUGCUCAUUUGAGGACAUUGAUCUGACAGCUACCCUGGACAGACACCAUCUUCACUCACUAGUGGAGCCUCUUACCCAGAACGGUUCUAAGCCCACAGAGAGAGUCUCCUACUCCAAGAGACCUCAGGUCCAGGCUCAGUCGCAGGCCAACCACUCCUCUAACUGUAACAGUACCUCAGCAGGAGUGUGUGAGGAGCAGAGUGUGAGGGGCAGCCCCAAGGUCCAGCUGGGUGGGAGGAGAUCUAAGAGCGCUGACGUGUGGAGUUACCUGAGGAGGAUCUCUGUCCUGGGGAAGGGGAACCCGGUCUACUCAGAGAGGAGUUUUGACUCAGAGCUCCACACACUGGACAAGACCAUGGACUCUGACUACGGCUCGGUGGACUUCGAGAGUGUCAGGGACUUUCAACCAGCGGCUCCAAAGCACUCUGACAGCAAAGGCGGACAUUUUGGGGGUCUGAUUAAGUUCUUCAGCAACGUUGCGGAGACGGCUAGAAAAUGGCGGACGUCUUCGCGCUCCUUCUCUCCUCCAGAGGAGGGAGGGGAGCGGUCGCCGCUGGGCUCCCCCAGAGCAGGGCAGCAUCUGGGGGACUACGUCCACAGUGUGUCCCUGACUCUCCGCAGUGAGGACCACCCAGAGUGUCCCCCAACACCCAACUCACCCCUGACCCCUCAUCCCCCUCGCUCCCCUGCCUGUGACCCUGCCUCACCCCCUACUCUACUAGGCAGACGGUCUCCUCAGGUGAUGCUGAAGGCCUGGAGGGUGAGUCCCGACUCAUCAAGCGUUAACGGCCUGGUGUGUGUGAGCUCAUUGGAGACGGACAGACAGAUGGACAGACAGACAGAGAGACAUACGCGGCACACGUCUGUAGCCACAGUAGAGAAUCACGAGCCACACUCAAGGCUGGAGAGAGAGACUCAGAAAGAGAGAGAGACAGAGGUAGACAGAGACCACUUAGAAUGUCUGUCUACAGUGGAAGAGAGAGAACGAGAGGGAGGAGAGGGACACUCAGGAAAUUACCUGGAUUCCAAGGAUGCUCUAACUGUCUCAGAGCAGACACACCUUCCAAACGGCCAAUCAGAGUUAUGGGAAGGAGAGAUCGUAGCCACUAAGGAGCCAGCAGGAAACUGCCACCAGGAAGUAUUUAAGGCCCUGUCUCGUCCCCGGGGGCGUCACCUUUAGAGCCCCCCUCAGAGUGUCUCUUCAGAGGUGUCAUCCCUCCCUCUCCCC